AUGGCCCCGCCCCCUGCAGGUGUAUUCUCUCCCCCUGGUCCCAGCCUCAGUCUCACCUGUCGGCCUGCAGCCAUGCUGGAUGAGGCAGUCGGACUCGGCGCUGUGACCGUACUGGGAGUUCUGGAGCAAGCUUAUUUUUCCCUGCAGGUCAUUUAUGCCAGGAGGAAGUAUUCGGUGUCUCCGCCCUGCAUUAACGGACCGCCGGAGUUCGAGCGUAUCUUCAGAGCCCAAGCGAAUUGUUCAGAGUACUUCCCCAUCUUCAUCACCAUCCUGUGGAUGUCCGGAGUCUUCUUCAGCCAAGGCCUGUCCAGCCUCUGCGGCCUGCUCUACCUUUAUGGACGGCUGUGUUACUUCUGGGGCUACGCCCAGUCGGCUCAGGGACGUUUGGCUCCGCUCUACUUCAGCGCUCGGGUUCUGUGGGCUCUGAUCGGGUUCUCGGCCGUCGGCGUCUUCCUGUCGUUCUGCCGGGUUUACCUGGAGUUGGACCUGCUGCAGGCGCUUGGCCACGCCCUGUUCUGAUCCGGAGAGGACGAGGGUCUGCUGUGUGUUUCUGAUCCGCGCCGUUUCUUCAUUCAUGACUCGCUUGUCUCUCUGAACUUCAAUCAUUAUAGCCAAGUUCUGGUCGGUUCUGCUUGGUUCUGAUAGAACCUCCACUCUUUAGGUAAAAACUGGGACUUGGACUCAGAAACGUUGACAUGAAUCAUUUACUGUCUGCUUUUUCUGCUUAACUUCACUAUCUCUUACCAUGAGAAUAAAUCUGCCAAUGAAUAAAAAGCUUCAUUAAAAUAA